AUGUGGGCGCUGGCAGCCCUCCUGCUCCUGGGCACUUAUACACGGGUGUUGGUGUCACCGGGGGAGGAAUUGGGGGACUGGCUCUCAGUAGCUCCAUGUGGUCACUCUCCUGGGGGGAAGGGCCAGCGAUGUGGGCCGGCUCCUGGAAGCUGGGGUUUCCCGAGACUUCCCGGGGAACAGAGCACAGCUUCAGGGGCCUCACGGUGGCCUUCGUCCCUGCGCGGCCCCUCCCACACGCUCCCAGCUGCUCUGGAGAAGCCCACGCUGUCCCUGCAGCCGCCCUGGACCACCAUCUUCAAGGGGGAGCGGGUGACGCUGCGGUGUGACGGGCACCACCCCCUGGUCGUGGAGCUCCGGCCGGUCAGCACCCUCUGGUACCUGGGCCACCUGCUGCUGCCCUCCCACGGGAGGAGCUUGGAGGUGCAGACCCCCGGGGUGUACCGGUGCCAGACCCGGGGGGCGCCGGUCAGCGACCCGGUCCACCUCUCUGUGUCCAAUGACUGGCUGAUCCUGCAAGUGCCCUACGCCGCGGUGUUCGAGGGCGAGCCGCUGGUCCUGCGCUGCCGCGGCUGGUACGACAAGGCGGUGUACAAGCUGCACUAUUACCGCGACGGCCAGGCCGUGCGCUACUUCCACGCCAGCGCCAACUACACAGUGCCGCAGGCGCGCGCCGGCGACAGCGGGCGCUACCAGUGCUCCGGCACCAUGCGCAUCCCCGUGGAGAGCGCGCCCAUGUUCUCCUCCAAGGUGGCCGUGACCGUGCAAGAGCUGUUCCCGGCGCCGGUGCUGAAGGUGGCGGGCCGCGCGGAGGCCGGCGGGGUGGUGGUGCGCUGCGAGACGCGCCUGCACCCGCGGAAGAGCGCCGUGCCGCUGCAGUUCGCCUUCUACAAGUACAGCCGCGCGGUGCGCCGCUUCGACUGGGGCGCCGAGUACAGGGUCCCCGAGUCCGAGACCGACGAGCUGGAGUCUCACUGGUGCGAGGCGGCCACAGCCUCCCGCAGCGUCCGGAAACGCAGCGCGUGGCUGCAACUGCCAGGGCGCGGGCCAUCUCGGGACGCGUCCACCGCCGCCCCGGGCCCGCAGGCUGCACCCUUGGCGCCUGGGAACAAGCCGCUUUCCUUCCGAAAGCCCCUGGGGUCCACGUCAGUCCCGUCGGUCAUCUCCGUCCCUAACGCCACUUCAGCCGGGCGGCGGGACCCCGCGGGCAGAGGCCCCAGCGCUGCGCCAGCCGGCUGCGCGCCCCCGAUGCCCACGGAGCAAUCCUUUGGGGCCCUGCGAUCCGACGUGGACCUGCUGCUCCGAGAAAUGCGGCUGCUCAAGGGCCUUCUGAGCCGGGUGGUCCGGGACAUGAGGGACCCCCGGGCCUUCCCGGAGGCGGGGGCAGCACUGGGAACGCCCACCACUCACUGGGCAGGGACCCAGGGAGCCCCGGAGACCGGCUCGGCAGGGAGCUGAGGGGCAGCCCCGUGCCCUCACCAGGCCCGCCUGCCCCUAUCUCUUCUGCUUCCUGUCACCUGAGCCCUUGAAAAACCAUCUGUUCGUGGCCUUUGUUUUCUGCGGUUUUUCAGAAGCACAUAAAGCGUGGUAGCCACAA